AUGAAGAAUAUUUUAUAUAGUUGUUUCUUCAAUAUUUGCAUCCUCAACGUCUGUGUUGUAUUCACACAAGAUCCGGUACACAACUGGCGAUUAGCUCAAGACUCAGUCAAGCGGAAUGUUGUGGAUCUUCAAAAACCUAUCGGUCAUUGGAGCGCUUUGACUUCUCAGAAGGGUCAGAUUCUCCGGAAACGAGAGCUCGCUGUCUCUGAUGUAGAAAAACUAACCGCCAAUGAAGUUACCAAGACUGCUACAACUUCUUCAAAGACGUCGCAUGAGGUGAAACCGACGAAAACGCCCACAGUGGGCGAAGACGAGGCACAUGACUAUCAAGGAGUACAGCCAGCUGAGCUGUCAAAUCAAGGUGAACCCCUCAAACCAAGUGAACGAAAUAAAAUGCUUGAAGCUCCGAAGGAUCCGACGUCAAGGAAUUUACUUUUGACAAAACUCAAAACCUGGAUUCAAAAUCCAUUGACUAAUUGGUUUCACGAAGUUUGGAAGUGGAUAAGGCAGUUCUUCAAAUCAACUGACCAUGAACCACUGCGGAUAUAUCACGCUUCGGCGCUGGAUGAGAGCCCUUUCAGAAAGACGGAUGUGCAAGAGAACAGUCAACAAAAAAGUCUCGAAAUGCUUAUCCAAAGAUUAUCGAGCCUCACAUCCCUUGAAGAUCCCGAAGGUGUAGCCAAAGCUCAAUUGCAACUUCUACAACACGAACGCAACUUGGACAAGAUUGAUUCUACUGAGAUGAAGAGAGCCCUGAUCCUCCCCGCCACGAAGCAAAUGUCGCUCUUUGAUUCGUCCAUACCUCUCAGAGAAGCAGAGUGGCAACUUCUAGAACAUGUAUUCACGUUUUCUAAUGACCCUUCCGUACGGGAAUCUCUCUAUCGCCAAUACCAGAUGGAUGACGAAUUUCGACGUGGUGUAUGUUUUGCGGCCUCGACCGUUCAUCUCCGAGAGCUUCAGCAACUACAAUCAUUUCCAGUCAACAGUUUGACUCGAGAAAUUCUGGAAAUCUUCAGAGUCUCAAAUUGGGGUGAGAAAGACGUAGGCGAGGUUCGUAUAAGUGGAGCUGAAGAUUUGUUCCUAGAGUUUAUCAAAGAAAAAGGUCUUGAUCCUUUAGCAGUAAGAUCUUUACUCAAAAUACCCGAAAUACUAGAAAAUGUGUCUCAAAAAUCUCUUGGUCGGAUGAGAAAUAUUCUUGGGAGAGACAAGGAAUUCAUUAGCAUCCUUGCAAUUGCUUCCAAUGAAUUAUGGCCGGGAACUCUUUCUGAAAGUCUUCCAAAUUCUUCUUGGAUUUAUAGACUCUUACGAGAUCACGAGAGCGCGCGUUCUUUCGACGAUAUGAUCAAGUCCGAGCACGCGGGCGUUUCAAUGUGGCCAAACUCGCCUUCUGAAGAACUUAAAGAACGAAAGGGAGCUACAGAGCGAAAGAAGCUUGUUGAACUGUUCCACCGGCGGAUCUCUCCAAGAUCCCCAUAUCUACUGGAACUUCAAAUUCUUUCAAACGCCUUCCUGGACUCUCCCGGUGGGAAGAAUUGGAUGGAAGAACAAAAAGUCAACUCAUUGACAGAUCAUUGUUUAUCUUUGAUUUUCUCAAACAAAUUCGACAUAUCCACUCGAGCUUGGAUCCAUUCUGCCUUAGAGCACUUGAAGUCAUACGGCUUUCCUGCCGUGAUUUCCAAGAUAAAUACGGCUUUCGAUCUUCAUAGAGAUAUCUUGACGGAUAUCAAAUCCUUUUGGUAUAUGGAUUCGUACAUUCUACUUUCAGGAAAUGAUAAAGACUCAGCCAGAGUUCGAUGGUUCGCAGGGCUUCUACAAAAGCUAACUACAAGAACCAAAUGGACUGAUAUCCUGGCAGAACACUUAACUUUCAAGAAAACUAUGGAUUAUUUGCUUGAAGAGCUCAAAAAUGAUUCACUUUCAAUUGCGAAAGGCAGAAUGCAGCUUUACGAAAUGCUGCUUUUUGUUUUGAACCAUUUCGAGGUUGCAAGGGACAAGUCAUUCAUCGAUACUGUCAGAGACGAUCCUUUCCUUCUCAAAUGUCUAGGUGCACUUUCAGUUUUAUCAGGAACAGACAUUGACCUUGAUCUAAAGAUCCCGAGGCAAGCAACAGGAUUUGGCUUUGGGUUAAACAAAGGUCAGCUUUGUCUUGUGAAGCAGUAUAAAGUUUCAAGUAUGACUGAUUUCGCAUCGAAUGCAAAUUGGACCGUCGAAGACCUUUCAAUCGAUGAACCAUAUCUGAAGCUUCUGAAAUCGCGGGGCCAGAUGUACGAAACGGGAAUGAUACAUAAUGGAGAUGAUGAGAAGAUUCAUCGACGAGAACUGAUAGAGGUCAUUGAGCAACAUGAAAGUACAAAUGAACUUCCGGCUAUCUUUCUAGGAAAUUUGGCAAACCGGUUGUCAGAACUAAAACACAUUGGAGCUUGGGAUAAAAAUGACGUCGAUCCCAACAACUCACAUUCAUUAACUGAGGCCAUGGUUUACUAUUUUGAGAAUGUGGCAGUUAGUCAAGGAGACAAGAUGCUGCUUUCAAAAAUCCUGGAAUUCCUUUUUGAGAAUAAUGCAGGAUUACGAAAGGAAGCCUCAAGCUACAUAAAUCCAGGCCUUCAGCGCGAGCUUGACCUUUACAAUUAUUUAAACACAGUCGAAAAAUAUUCCGCUGAAGGAACCAAUACACAUAUCUUGCGUAUCAACUCUGAGAUUGUGAAAUUAUCAUCGGAAUUGGGAAAAGGUAAACUUCAGAAGAGCCAACAACAAUUAAAGUCAAUCCUGGAGGCUAUCAUAUCAGAGAUUGGCAUGAACGACUGGGCAGCAAAUGAACAUAAAGUGGUUUCAUCAAUGCUGGUGUAUCUUGCAGGAAUACAUCCCUCCUUCAAGGAUCAAAUAAACGAAGCGAUAUUUGACAAAUUUAAGAAAGACUCUCCCCAAGAGGGAACGGAGGAAAUAUCUAAUUUUGUUUUUAAUUAUUAUCUUAUCAAAUAUUCUCUCAAUGUGGAUCCUUUUUUCCAAAGGCUGGACCAGUAUCAUAGAGAUUUUAGUGAGAUGUCAAGAGUGAGACGCUUGGAGCCCGCUCACAGAGAACUAUUCAAACAGCUGCAGAUAGAUGUCCAUGGUAUCAUAUCCAGUAGAUCAGCUCUUCCUGAAGAGGAAUCUAACUUGGAUCAUUGUGUAAGAAUGUUGAGAGGAACCAAGAUAAGCUGGAAUCCUAGAUCAGAUCAUCAUCCAGAAGAUUCAAUCUUCCACCUGAUGGUAUACAUUCUAACUCAAGUACGGAAAGAUAAUGCAACCUUUGGUGCCAUCACUGGAUACAAACUGAUACUGUCAUAUAUUCAAGAAAUAUUGGAAGCUGAAGAGAUCAGAGAAAUGAUGGAAAAUGCAAUGACAGUGGACAAAACACUCAGAAACAAGAUGUCUGCUGCACAGACUUUGUUGGAUCUUAAACACAUCCGUCAUGAAAGGGGAACUCCAUUAGACCUAAACGCAUACAUUGGCCAUGUAUUGGCCACAAAACCUGAAACCUGGGAUAAAAUUGGAGAGACAGGUCAACAACAAGCACGGACUUGGGCCAGAACCUUGGUGCGCAUUCUAAAGAGGAAACUUGAAGGAUUUCAGGAUUCAUAUGAUUCCUUUAGAGUACUGGAAGAGAUUGCAAAGUUGAGUAAGCAUUUUAGCUGGAGUUUUGUCCAAGAAACAGGAAAAGAUGAGGUACUUGCCAAGGAAAUUGGAAUAUAUGUGGCUGGAGAGUAUAGAUCUCUGGACAUAAAUACAUUUCCAAUAGGAUCAGUCUCAUAUCUCUUAUUGGAAGAACCCAUCAGCGGCUCCAUCAUCACUCAGAAUUACCUCAUGAACAAAAUUGUUGUUGAUGAACAUACCACACCAUCAGCUACAAACAUAUACAAGCAAUUCUCAGAGAUGCCCACCAGAUGGACAGAAACCUCAAGUUCUGAAUGGAGGGGUCUCCUUAAUUGUUGUCUGAGCUCUUUGAAAAGCUGUCAAGCUCAAGAGAUAGAUUUAUCUGAGGAAAAAGAAUUGCCAAUAAACAUAUCAAUUCCAUUUUACAUACUAAGCUAUCUCACAGCUUAUUGUGAAGAAUUAAGGGUUGAUGUAAAAAGAAGCUUGGAAUCAUGGUCCUUCUACCAAUCAGAUCUUCAAAGAACCCUACGUAUGAUAUCAGAACAUCAGAGCUCUUUGGUAUAUGGCUCUGAUUUCUUUGAUAGAUUCCCUGGAACAUUCAAACCUUCUGAAAAAUCCAAAUCAAUGGCCAUUCAGGUAUAA